AUCUCCCAGACACACAGGCGCACGCUCCCCAAAAUAACCCGACUAGAAAUUAUAGGCACAUGCACUUUUACGCGUUUGCUAUAGCUUUGGAUACGAGUUUUUGAUCAAGGAACAACUUCACUUCUCUUGUAAUUUCAGCUAAAUACUAUCCUGGGAGUAUAUUAUCAACGCUUUAUGGAUAAAAUACUACUGUGAUCUGAAGAAAUUUCGAGUUUGGUCACGCUGUUUUUGGCACGUAAACGCAAAAUGAAGUCAGCUGAAGAAGAUGCAUUCAGCUACACUCCAAACAUCAGCCUCUCCUUGCCCUUGAGCGCCCCCUGUCUUCCGUCCCAGUACCACAGUCUGCAGUCCAGCCCCACCAUCUCUGUCACCGAAGCCCAUCACCACAGCAACUUCGACUCCACCUCCCCCCAGGACGAGCUCAGGGCAUCAGGGUACUUCUCCUCCCCGCGUCCCAAUGGAGCGCCCGCCUUGGAGAGUCCCCGAAUUGAAAUAACCGCUUACAGCCAAUUUACCGAAGAAGAGGUAGAGGAGAGCACCCUACCUGUUGCUAAAAGGGUAAAUUCUAUUGUUACGCUAACCCUCCCAAAUGCAGAGGGUUACCGGGACCCUAGUUGCCUAAGUCCUGCUAGUAGUGUCUCAUCACGUAGCUGCCACUCGGAAGCUUCAUCUUACGAAUCAAGCUUCUCCUACAACUACGAUAACUCACCCCAAAACUCACCUUGGCAGUCUCCGUCAGUUUCGCCAAAAGGGUCAACUCUGGCCAUGCCCGGGGAUACCCACUCACCUUCCGGAUCGCCCCGUACAAGCAUUACGGAAGACACCUGGAUGGGUCAGAAAGGGUCCCGACCAAAUUCACCGUGUGGGGCAAAGAGAAAGUAUAGCUUCAAUGGUAGCGGUACACCACAUAAGUACCCAUAUUCACCAACGCAUUCGCCAGGUCUAUCCCCACAAGCAUCACCACGACUUAGCAUUACAGAUGAAACUUGGUUGCCGAAUACUAACCAGUACACCAAUUCGGCCAUAUUGGCAGCGAUAAAUGCCCUCACCACAGACGGGAUGGUUGAUUUGACAGAAGGGAUACCGUUAAAAGCAAGGAAGACCAGUUUGGAGCACAGUACUACGCUUAGCUUGAAGGUGGAGCCGGUGAGUGAAGACAUGGGUCAAACAGAGCUGUGUUCGGAUGAAAGGUCUGGGCUGAAGAAGGAAGGGGGGUAUGGAGGGGGGUUCCUGGAUGUCCCACAGCAUCCCUACUCAUGGACCAAACCAAAGACAUACAUCAGCCCCUCCCUGCCUGCUCUGGACUGGCAGCUGCCCUCCUCUUCGGGACAGUACAGUCUUCAGAUAGAGGUUCAGCCCAGGUCCCAUCACAGAGCGCACUAUGAGACAGAGGGGAGCAGGGGGGCUGUGAAGGCCCUCACCGGACACCCCGUGGUACAGCUCCACGGGUACAUGGAGAGCGAGCCCCUGACCCUGCAGCUGUUCAUUGGCACCGCAGACGAUCGUUUGCUCCGCCCGCACGCCUUCUACCAGGUCCACCGCAUCACCGGCAAAACCGUGUCAACCCCGAGUCACGAAGCUCUGCACAACAACACCAAAGUCCUGGAGAUCCCUCUGCUGCCCGAGAACAACAUGAGGGCCAUAAUUGACUGCGCUGGGAUCCUGAAGCUGCGUAACUCAGACAUAGAGCUGCGUAAAGGAGAGACGGAUAUCGGGCGGAAGAACACACGCGUGAGGAUGGUCUUCAGAGUCCACAUCACCCAGAGCUCCGGGCGCAUGGUGUCUCUACAGGCUGCAUCCAACCCCAUUGAGUGCUCUCAGAGAUCGGCACAGGAGUUGCCGUUGGUGGAUAAACAGAGCCUGGAGACCUGCCCUGCCUCCGGAGGACUCCCCAUGGUCCUAGAGGGACACAACUUCCAGCCCGACUCCAAGGUCAUGUUUGUGGAGAAAGCCCAAGAUGGACAGCACCUUUGGGAGACAGAGGCCAAGGUGGAGAGGGACACUGCCAAACCUAACACACUGGUGGUGGAAGUCCCUCCGUACAGGACCCAAAGGCUGUCGGCUCCAGUUCACGUCAACUUCUUCGUGUGCACUGGUAAACGCAAACGCAGCCAAUACCAGCGCUUCACCUACGUCCCCGCCACUGUCCCAACUAUAAAGACAGAGCCUCAUGACGACUUUGACAGCUCUCUCGUCUGCACUUCGCUGCCUCUGCACCCAAAACCGUACUUCCCCCCACCCACUCUCACUCCCAUAAUCCUCAGCGGUCCUGGGUCACCCUUCUCCUCUACUCAAACACCUCAGCGCAUCACCCCGAAGCCUCCACCGCCCAUACCUCCUGCCUCACCCAGCCCCAAACUCCACAGCCUGUCACCCACGGCAACGACCUUCAACCUCCCCAUACCCCAUGUGUCAAUCAUCCAAGAGACACCCGGGCGGUUCGCUUCAAGUCCGCUGUCCCAACCGUCCACGCCAAGCCCAGAAUCGCCAUUUUCUAACAACAACACUACAAAUGUUCAGCCCGCCCCCAGCCCCUCUCCUCUGCCCCUUCCACCCAAAGACAGGUCUAGGGAUGGAGCCAGCACCCCCUCGCAGGGAGCUCCCGUCAGCAUCAAGCAAGAACCACAAGAGCUGGACCAGAUGUACCUCGAUGAUGUCAAUGAAAUCAUCAGGAACGAUUUGUCAAGCAUCUCCGUCCACAGCCAUGCGUAGCUUCCUGCGUGAGAGGUCAAAGGUCACACCAAAGACACUACUCUUCCUGCCUUUUGUGAUCGGAUGACAAAAGUACUGCACAAACUUUGAUAAAAUUUGAACAUUAACGACGACCAGGGUCCAACUAAACGUGCCUUGUUUUUGGAUUGCCUUCAAUGUUAUCAGGAAGAAUAACGACUGAUAUUAACCUGUAAAAAUGAAGUAGCCACCACCGUAGUUAAGCUUUUAGACCAAAACGAAGCAUUCCCUAUGUGUCUUUCUGAUUGUAGUUUGUAAAUGAUUCAGUGCCUAUUAUAUGACACAUGUAUUUGUAUAUAAUGUAAACAGCAAUGCUCCAUAUCUAGCAUUUGAAAUCGUUUAAGUCGUGCCUUUAACUGGAAUUAUAAGUUCAUGUGUUUAUUUGUUUGUAAUCAUAUAAACACUUUUUUUUUUCAAUUUUUAAGUAAGAAAAGCACUAAAAUGUUUUGCAUUUAACUUUUUUCUCAAUGAGUGUGUCGUUAAAUUCCUGGUUGUAGCCUACCUAACCUGGAUGUCCUCAUGACAAUCAUAGCUAAAACAUUCAAAAACUGAAUAUUCAUCGGUUUCAAGUUUUGAAAAUUUAGGAUUGUUGCCAUUGCAAUGAAUGAUUUAGAAUGGUGUUGUAUUUGUUGUUGUAUUAGUCGUUGUAUUAGAUGAAAAUCAUGAUACUGAAAGCCAUAAAUAUGUUUCUUAUGAAGAGUCGAAUAAAACUGAAAACAGGGCUGUGGACAGAAUAUAGGGGGACCUGGGGCCAGAAGGCUCACAUAGCCCCCUUUAAACCACGACAAUCAUUUGGAUGUUAUGUACCUAAUUUUUUAUACUUUUGAUAAAAUAAUUGAAAUGGCUGUGGUACAAAUAUAAGGGAAUCUCAACUUGCAAUAUUUCUGAUGUUUCUUUCAACCAAAUGAGCUCAAAUGUAAAAUAGCUUUAUCUUUCUAAACCAGUUGCACUUAUAGCAGGAGCAGUUCAUCUCAGUUUUAAUGAUGCUGGACAAUACAACCUGGAAGCUACAUGCAAAAUUAGCAUUGUUAGCUAAUGCAAACUGCACAAAAUUACCCAAAGAAAUGCCGCCAAAAGCAAUAUAAAUAUAGCAAUGUAUAGCCUACCAUUUUGUAUUGUUUGUAUUUAUUCUUAGCAUGAGCUUUCAGUAAAGAAUUUUUUUUAUUUCAAAAUGUAAUGUAUUAUCGUCAUCUUUUUCCAUUUUAUGUUGAUCAAAAGUAAUGUUAAUGUUCAUCAACUUAAAAUGUCAUCUUAAUGAACAUAACAUAUUUAGAUGGAAAAAGGCAUAAUUCAAGUCAACAUGACAUUUUUGAGUGCUGUUUAACCCUGUUUAUCUCAUACUACCUGACACUGUGGAGACAUUAUAUUUCCUGUUUUGUAUGUAUUUUGUAUUUAAGAGUCUUAACCAAUGGGAGAAGCCAUAGACAUUUACUGCACAAGUUAUUAUCCUGCUUCAUCCUCAUUUUGUUUAUUUGUAAUAAAUGAG